UGUAUUUAUGAUGUUUUAGCUGGCCAAAUGAGGAACCACAGAAUUUGGAUGUGUUGUAAUGGCUCUCGGAGUUGACAUGGCCUUAUCAGACACCUCCUCGCAAAUGGAGAACACGAGCCAUGGGAGGUGGAAGACCAGGAUCCCGGAGGUCAUUCGCGGCGGUCAAACUAGACCCCUCAGUCACGGAGCAGAUGAGAGGACAAGGCCUACAAAUGUCCAGGAGGCCAAGGACUCAUACAAAGAGAGGAGUGGUAGCAAAAAGACGGUCACUAUGGCACCUGUUUCCAGGUAUAUGCCAGACAAAAGACUCUAUAUCAUGAGAAAACCACUGAUCUCCACACAAUGGCAGGUGCCCAUCCUGAAGAACUCAUCUACACAUGAAGACUUGGAGAGGAUCACUUACAAAGCAAAUUCCCCUAAAGAAAAUGAAAAAAGUCUGUCAAAACAGUCAUUUAGACGUAUCCCAGAAGAUUCUCCAUUUUAUAAAUCUACCCCACCAUUAUCCAGAGAAGACCUGGAUACCUCCAUGAGCGUAUCAGACCUCAGACUGUGGUCAUGUGAUGAGGAUCCUAUUUUUAACACUUCAGCUGCCAAACGCAGUCUGUCCAGUCCCCCCUCAGCUUCUUUGAGCCUCACAGUGCCCUCAGUGCCUAAGUGGACAUCCACUCCUAGAAGCACUUCUUAUCCGUCCAAUCAUAAGUCUCAUUACACAAGAAAGGUACAAACAAGACCGGGUGAGAUGAUGGACAGAGGAAGAGAUUCUUUUCUUAACCCAGGAUCUUACAGUAAGAACCGUCAACAUGGGUUCAAACACAUGUCACCUUAUCAGGCCAAUUAUUGGGCCUGUGCCAUCCCCAACUCUAUGCCACCCUCUCCAAACCGUAAAUCCCCCAGUUGGGAUCCUGAAAAGGAGUACCAGGAGCUCCUGGACUACACGUACCCUCUGAGACCCAACAUGACUGGUACAUUGGGUUCAUUAGAGUUGGAUCUUCUCUUGCGAACUGAUCCAUUGUUGCAAGACUCGGGCAUUGAGUUGGACCACUCUUCCACUCGGUCUUGUUUAGGCCUGUCCUAUACAAGGACUCGACAGGAACAGUGUAGCCCAGGAACAGCGCAAAGAUCAACUAAGUUUUGUGCUCUUAACAAGUCACAUUCUAAGUCCUUAGAUGGCAUCAUGUCCAGUAGCCUGUACUCUUCACUAGACCAAGCUGGCUUGUCAGUUGAGAGUCUGGAUGGUGACAGGAAGCCAGGGGGCCAUUGUCGUAAAUUAGGCAACUUCUCGACAUUCAGACCUGUUCCCACUUUUAUUAGAUCAACUCACAUCCUUCCUCGUCAUGAUUCACUGGAUGAGUUGGACAUAGAGUUUCUUCGCCUACCAGAAAGGCUACAAGAACUUCAGGUGCUUUCACAGCAGCUGAGGGACAUUAGUGACCAGAUGAGCCAACCAAUCAUCACCAGCUGGGAAUCCCUGGAGAGCGAGAUCACCUCAGUCCAAUCACCAACGGCUCAAGUGGGAAAGCAGGAAUCACUGGUAGAAGAAAGGGGCGAUGAAGCAAAAGGGGGAUCAGUUUCUGAAAUUCCUCUCACACAUGAGGAUCAUUUAGAGAAAGCAAAAGAGCCUGGUUCCACAAUCCAGAUGAUUAGCCAAGACAUGACUAGGAGGAACCUGAGGGAGGUGGAAGCUGUUAUGGAUCAACUGAGUGGACUGUCAAUGUCAGAGCUUCAGAGGACAAUACAAACAGGCCAGAACGAAAAUGAGACCAAGGAGUCACUAAUGCAGCACAUACAAGCAUUUUGCUCGAACCUAAAAAAGCUGAUUCAGUGGCUGCACAAGGUGGUAGAGAAAGUAGAAGUUCUUUCUCCUCCCAUGGUUGACUUGGAGAGCGUCAAAGCCUCCUUGGCUGAUUACAAGAGUUUUCAGGAAGACGUUCAGGCUCAUAAGCCCCUCACAGCAGAUGUUCUGCAGACCGGAGAGAUGCUUUUGCAUUGCAUGAAUUCAGCCUCUCCAUUUCUGAAAGACACAAUGGCGCUGAUAGAGAGGCAGUCUCACACACUGGAAACUCAUUCAGAGUAUCUUUUCUCCUCUAUUCUGUCAGCCAUGGACUGCCUCACUGACCCCGGAUCUGAGGAAGCAUCAGAAGCAGUUUCUGAGAAUUAUUAGGAUUCUGGGAAGGCUCACUGUCUUGACUGAGACUUCCUUUUUGGUGUUUCCACAUAAAGGAUCUGAAACGCUUCUUACUUGACUCAUUUGUCACCAUUAUCUUGUUUUACUCUUAACACGUUUACUGUAUUCAGAAGUGGUGUUAUGGGCUGUUGUCACAAGCUUGAGUUAUCUGUCACAACAUAUGUGAUGAAUUUUUAUCACUUUGUAAUUUUACACACCAGCUUUUUUUUACUCAGAAAUGUCCUGUGAUGGCUCGGCUUAGUAAUAAUGUUUGAGAGGUGCACAGACAUAGUGCCAAUUGUGAUUGUGAUCUCAGGGUUA